AUUUCUCUGGUGACGUGAAGCGGGUUAUCUUUUCGCCACAAGAAGCUUUUAUUGCACUAUUGCCAUAAGUUUUUAUGUUUGAGAGGCUUGCGCAACGCCUUGCUGUUAUUGAAUUUGUAAAAAUGCACUACGCACCCUCAACUUGCAUUUGCAGCAGAGCUAUGUGACAGAUAAUGAGAGCCACUGGAUGCCUGCGUUUCCAUCAGUGCCAGUGUUUCUCCAUGAGGUCAGUGACAGACUUCGACUGCUCCAAAUCAUUGCGCACAGCGCACCAACUGCAUAUAGACACUCCGUCUCUGCUGUUCUCUUUCUGCGGACUCUGAAAAUCUUUAAUGAACAUCUUAUUGAAAAAGGCACAUCAUUUGAAGCAUCUGGACCCGUGUGAUUGUAAAUAAAUACAUCGCUUGAGCAAGUGGAUUUUCGGCGCACAAGACAGGAUUCAGCACCACUGCUGCGGACAGCUCCAGUUCCCCCGUGACGCGCGUCUGGAUGGCCGCUGCUCGCCUCGCUCUGUCGCUGCUCUGAUCCGCUCUGUCCGCGAUGGCGUCACACGGGUUUUGGUUUACGGGCGCUGAAAAUGCCGCUGGAAGCCCCAGCCAAAGUCCCACCACCCCCAGAGCUUGGUGUCAGGCGGCGGCCCAGAAAUUCACCGGAGGCAUCGGCUCCAAAUUAUAUGCUUUUUUAAACGUCGGAGAGGCUGAGAAAGCAGCUCAAGCCCCAGUUAAAGCCGAAGAUGAGUCUACAGCGGAGAGCUGCGGCUGUAAUAAACCCUGUAACUGCCCCAAAGCCAGCCUGUGCUUCUCUGAUCUCUAUUCAACAGAUCUUUUACCUGCAUUGGACGGGGACGCGAAGACUAUGAAUUUUCUGCAGGAGGUUGUGGAUAUAUUGCUGGCUUAUAUAGUGGAAUCUUUUGACCGGUCAACGAAAGUGAUUGAUUUUCACUAUCCUAAUGAAUUGCUUCAAAGGAAUAAUUGGGAGCUUUCGGACGAACCCGAGACUUUAGACGAUAUUCUGAUCAGCUGUCGUGCUACACUAAAAUACGCCAUAAAAACCGCACACCCUAGGUAUUUCAAUCAGCUCUCCACUGGAUUAGACAUGGUUGGCCUGGCGGCGGAUUGGCUGACCUCCACUGCCAACACCAAUAUGUUCACCUAUGAGGUGGCUCCAGUCUUCGUGCUGUUGGAAUAUGUCACACUGAAGAAGAUGAGAGAGAUCAUUGGCUGGCAGGAUGGCCGCGGUGAUGGAAUAUUCUCACCGGGCGGCGCCAUUUCCAACAUGUAUGCCAUGUUACUGGCUCGCUAUAAGAUGUUCCCGGAGGUGAAGGAGAAAGGAAUGUCAUCUGUUCCAAGACUGGUGGCCUUCACUUCUGAGCAUAGCCAUUUUUCAAUCAAGAAAGGAGCUGCUGCGCUUGGAAUCGGUACAGAAAGUGUCAUCUGUAUUAAAGCCGAUGAAAGGGGUAAGAUGAUUCCUUCUGACCUUGAGAGGAGGAUAGUUGAAGCCAAGCAGAAGGGAUACGUGCCAUUUUUUGUCAGCGCCACAGCUGGUACCACAGUUUACGGGGCCUUUGAUCCUCUGAUCGCCAUAGCAGACAUCUGUAAGAAGUAUGAUGUCUGGAUGCAUGUGGAUGGAGCGUGGGGCGGAAGUUUGCUGAUGUCCCGGAAACACAGGUGGAAGCUCAAUGGAGUCGAGAGAGCUAAUUCUAUGACCUGGAACCCUCAUAAAAUGAUGGCUGUGCCCCUGCAGUGCUCUGCUCUGCUGGUUAGAGAGGAGGGACUGAUGCAGAGCUGCAAUCAGAUGCAGGCAUGUUAUCUUUUCCAGCAGGACAAGCACUAUGACCUGUCCUAUGACACGGGGGACAAAGCCCUUCAGUGCGGACGCCAUGUGGACAUCUUUAAACUGUGGCUGAUGUGGAGAGCUAAGGGCACUAUUGGCUUUGAAGCUCAGAUUGAUAAAUGUCUGGAGCUGUCAGAAUAUCUUUACAACAAGAUCAAGGACAGGGAAGGAUAUGACAUGGUCUUCGAUGGAAAGCCUCAGCAUACCAAUGUGUGCUUCUGGUAUCUUCCGCCGGGCGUGCGCUUCCUGGAGGACAAAGUGGAGAAAAUGAAGCGUCUGCACAAGGUCGCCCCUGUAAUCAAAGCCAGAAUGAUGGAGUACGGAACAACCAUGGUGAGCUAUCAGCCGCAGGGAGACAAGGUCAACUUCUUCCGUAUGGUCAUCUCCAACCCAGCUGCUACCUUUGAAGACAUUGACUUCCUCAUUGAAGAGAUUGAGCGACUGGGACAGGACCUUUAAAAACUCACGGCACCAAAACCUCUUAUUCUUGUGUCCCUGAAUGGAUCAGCUAUUUGUUGUGAAUGUAACGGUAAUUCUUUGAUUCCUCUCCUCCAGUCACAUAAAGAUAAUAUGAUUAAAAAAAAUUAAGACAUGAAAAUAUCUAGAUUUUAGUAUUGUAGCGUUGUUGUGGGCUUCGUGGUUCAAAGCCCUGUAAAAUGUUACUGUCUGCUUUAACUGUCUGUCUAGUGUCUGACAAAACUUUGUUUGUUUACACAUGUUAAAUGAGAAUAUGAAAAGUUGCUUCUAUUCAGUGCAGGCCGUACCUUAGUUUCUAUUUGAUCAGUUAAAGUGCCAGAUAACAUCAAUCUAUAUAAUUAUAUUAUGAGCCAUUUUUACUGAUUUGAUUAGUCAAGCUUAUAACCAUUUAAGAGGUUUUUGAAAGAAACAACUUCAAUUUCUUAAAUGGGGUUAGUUGUUGAAAUCCAAAAACAAAUAGUACGCACAUGAACAAGCACAAAUAUGCACAAACAAACUAGAAUUCUAAUAUCAUCUUGACAAAAAGCUGCCAGCAUUUAUACUGAAGAAUAAUGUUAUAAACAUGUAACUGUAAAUCUAGAAAGUGAGCAAAACUCAUCAUGACUGGUAGGUAGACACACAUGAGAGUAAAUCUAGCCAAUCAAACCAUUCCAUGUGGUCUUUAAAUUGCUGAGUAUCACACUGGCAGUAAAUAAAAUUAGCUGAUUUUGCGAUGAACGAAUCACAGCUAAUAAAUCUGUGGAUGGCAAGGAACCAUCAUGUCAAAUAAGAUAAAUAAAUCAACCAUUUGUUCAGCACUAUCAUUCAGUAAUAUCCCUUGUAAAGAAACAAUGCACAUGCAAAUACACUGAUGAGCCAAAACAUUAUGACCACCUGCCUAAUAUGCUGUUGGUCCUACACGUGCUGCCAAAACAGCAUCAUCCCACCGAGGCAUGGACUCUACAAGACCCUUGAAGGUGUCCUGUGGUAUCUGGCACCAAGACAUUAGCAGCACAUCCUUCAAGUCCUGUAGGUUGUGAGGUGGAGCCACCAUGGAUCGGACUUGUUGGUCCAGCUCAUCCCACAGAUGCUCAAUCGGAUUGAGAUCUGGGGAAUUUGGAGGCCAGGGCAACACCUUGAACUCUUCAUCAUGUUCCUCAAACCAUUACCGAACAAUGUGUGCAGUGUGACAGGACACAUUAUCCUGCUGCAAGAGGCCACUGCCAUCAGGGAAUACAUUUGUCAUGACGGGGUGUACCUGGUCUGCAACGAUGUUUGGGUAGGUGUCACGUGUCAAAUUGAUGUCCACAUGAAUGGCCGGACCCAGGGUUUCCCAGCAGAACAUUGCCCCGAGCAUAUCAUAGACCACCGGCUUGUAGUCUUCCCACAGUGCAUCCCGGUGCCAUCACUUCCCCAGGUAAACAGUGCACACAUACACGGCCGUCCACGUGAUAUAAAAGAAAACAGGACUCCUCGGACCAGGCAAGCUUCUUCCACUGCUCCAUAGUCCAGAUUCCACUCUCGUAUGCCCAUUGUAGGCACUUACGAUGGUGGACAGGGGUCAUCAGGGGCACUCUGACUGGUCUGCAGCUAAACAGCCCCAUAUGCAGCAGGGUGCAAUGCACUCUGUGUUGUGACACAUUCCUCCCGUAACCAUCAUUAACAUUUUCUGUGACUUGUGCCACAGUAGACCUUCUGUCAGUUCGAACCAGACGAGAUUGCCUUCUUUGCCCUUGCGCAUUGGUGAGCCUUGGGCGCCCAGAAGCCUGUCGCUGGUUUGUGGUUUGACCCUCCUCGGACCACUGUACUCACCACUGCUGUCCAAGAGCACCUCACAAGCCUUGCUGUUUCAGAGAUGCUCUGACCCAGUCAUCUGGCCAUAACAAUUUGGCCCUUGUCAAAGUUGCUCAGGUCUUUACUCCUGGCCAUUUCUCCUGCAUUAAGCACGUUGACUACGAAAACGGAUUGUUCACUUACCAUCUAAUCUACCCAGACCUUGACAGGUUAUGAUCAAUGUUAUCCGCUACACCUGUGAAUGGUCAUAAUGUUUUGGCUCAUCGGUGUAUAUAUGAAUAAAGUACAUUAGUUAUUAUGUUGAAAUUUAGUCAAAAUGACAUCUAAACAGCUUUCCUACAUAAUAACAUCAGAUUUAUUAAUUCAUGUAUUUAUUUAGCUUUGUUAAAUACUGUAGAAUUAAAGCUAUUUCAGGGUAUUAACAGAGCUAAUAUCUGAAUUUAAUGUUAAGUAUAAGUUCCAAGAAAAUAAGCAUAACUAGGAUUCUGCCCUAUGAUAGUGUGUAAAUAGACUUUUAAGAUGUACCAAGUACAUAUCUAUGUGAAUACAUCCAUGUACUGUAUAUAAGGCAGAGUCUAUUUGUGUGGUAAAUUAUCUCUUAUUUUCUCUAUUAAAAAAAAGUAAAAAAUAAUCAUAAAUAGUUGAUGAAUUCUGCUUGUGUGUGUGUGUGUGUGUGUGUGUGUGUGUGUGUGUGUGUGUGUGUGUGUCAGAUAGAUAACAUAACUGCAUAGAUAUACUGUAUGUAUGAAGGAUCUGGCUUUAAAUACAUUAGAAGCCACUGCAUUUUAAUAUACUAACAAGAAAUUAUUAGUAUAAUCAUUUCUGUGGUUAUGAAAACCAUAUUUUAACCAAUGCUGGUUGUAAUUGUGCCCAAGUGAUACACUUGACAUCCUGUGCCAAUUUGUAUUUAUGUGUCUUUGUAACUGUAUUGCCUUAGUAUUAAUUGCCAGUAUUGUCUAGUUCUCCUAAAGAGGAGCUUGUGCACUUUAGCAUAUAUGUAUGAUGACCAGUCCAAUGGAUGUUCUUAGUUUGAUGUUUUAAGAAAUUGAUCGUUGUCUGAAUGUGUCCCAGUUUGAGAGUUGCUUAAUAGCUGAAAUCAUUAGUAGACUCACUAAUGCUAAUCUUACUACCUUUUAAAAUGGAAGGGGCAAGGAAUGCUAAUUUCGUCCAAUUAUUUUUAGAUUUGGGUGUCAUUUAUGUUCCUUUUUAGGAUCGACAAGCAGUGUGUUUUAAGCUCUUAAAAUCACAACAAACACAUCGACAUCUCACUGUGGUAGUCUUGAAAUGCUAGCUGUGACAUUUUCUCCCUGCUGCUACAAACCUGCUCUCUUUGCACGUGCAUGAACGCCUUGCCUUCCGAGCUUGUGAAAUACAAUCCCAAAUAUAUAGCCUAUAUAGUGCAACUGGUGUUAGUUUUAGUGUGCAAAAUGGAUAGCUUAGCUUCAAAUAUAUUACUCUGUUGCUAGCUUGCUCACUGUGUUAGCAUUAUCAGACGUAUUUAUCUGCUAAGCAAGCAUGUUCGAUGUGGCUAGAAGUUGUAUGCUUUUGCGACAAUAAUCUCUAUCUUUCGCUCUGCCUCUUGCUUGCAUUGUCUUCUGCAGCUUUAAUAUUACUGUGUGUAGAUCCUCUGCAUGCCUCUGUAUAAGCAUAUUGGACAUCUCUAUCACGCUAUCUUCUUUCUAUGUCUUUCUCUUCAGCUUUGCCAGACCUUUAAGUGCAGUGCUUUCUCCUAUGUUUCAUGGCUACCCACCAUGUCCAUCAGUUUGUCAUAUGAGGAUGUUUCAUGAGUCCGACAAAUCAGAGUAACACCAUGACUGGGAGUAUUCAGUUUGUUUUCUUUCUCACCCAACAUUAAAAGAAAUGUGAUUCUUUGAGGAACUGAAGUUCAGAAGAAAGUUAAAAACUAGUGUGUGGAAAUUAUACAUAUACUAUACUGUAUUGAGGAAGAUAACAUUGCCUCUCUAAAAAUCCAGUUCUCUUGAAAUGUGUUUUACUUUUAAUGGGAAAAUAUGAAUAAAUGUUACUGCCAAACA